AUGGACCCGCAACCGACCGGUGAGGGCGUGCCAGCCAGAAGCCGUGCUAACAUGACCGAAGAAGAGAAGCGUGCUCUUAAAGAAGCAAAAAAGGCUGCAAAGGAAGCCGCCAAGCGCGAAAAGGCCGAGCGCAAAGCUGCCGCUGCCCGAGCUGCCGCCGAAGCCUCGAGCAAAGCCCAAGCCCUUGUUUCUGGCAUUGAGUACCUUUCCAUUAACGAUGAGCCUUCCUCAGCCUUCGGCUCCUACCGCGUCAUUCAGAGCAAAUGCCCUACCGCAGGAUCUGGAAGAACCUUUGUAUCGGUUUCCAAACUCGAAGGCGUCACAGUCGGUGAGCAAGUCUGGGUGAGAGCACGCGUCCACAAGAUCGUCGUCACAAGCCAAGUGGCUUUCGUUACCUUGCGACGGUCGCUAGACACCGUGCAAGCAGUACUAGAAGGCAAGGAUCUUUUCAAGUGGGCGCGAAAGAACGUCACAGCGGAGUCCAUCGUCGACGUGUAUGCCAAGGUAUCAACGCCGGAGGGCGGCCGCGUCGAGAAAUGCUCCGUGUCUACCGUCGAGCUUGCCGCGAGCAAGAUCUACAUUGUGUCGCGUGCGGACGAAAAGCUGCCGAUGACGCUCGACGACGCGGCGCGCCCUUUGGGCGACACGGCAGGCUCUGAUGGCGAGGCGGGUGGCGAGGCGAACGAACAGGACGGGGCGAUCACGCGUCCGAGGGUGACGCGCGAUACGCGGCUGGAUGCGCGAGUGGUGGACUUGCGAGUACCGGCGCAUGGCAGCCUGAUGCGCGUGCAGAGCGGGGUGUGCCAGCUGUUCCGCGAAUUCUUGUACGCGCAGGGGUUCACGGAGAUACACUCACCAAAGCUUAUUGCUGGAGCUUCGGAAGGGGGAGCUGAUGUGUUUGAGUUGUCGUACUUUGGAAGGAAGGCGUGUUUGGCGCAGAGCCCACAACUGUACAAACAGAUGGCGAUCUGCGGAGAUUUUGGACGAGUGUUUGAGAUCGGGCCUGUGUUCCGGGCGGAGAAGAGUCACACGCAUCGGCAUAUGUGCGAGUUCACCGGGCUCGACUUGGAGAUGGAAAUCUUUGAGCACUACAACGAAAUCCUGGAUGUACUGGACGGGAUGUUUGUGUCGAUCUUUGACGGACUAGAAAAGAGAUACGCCAAGGAGUUAGCGGUGGUGCGAUCCAAGUGGAACGUGCGAAAAUUCAAGUACUGGACUGGGAAGCCGAACUUGCGACUGAAGUGGCCAGAAGCCAUCGAAAUGCUACGUGGCGCGGGGGUGGAAAUCGGAGACUUUGAGGACAUCAACACUGAGAAGGAGAAGCUCCUGGGUAAGCUGGUGUUCGAAAAAUACGACACGGACUUUUUCAUGCUGACGCACUUCCCGUCCAAUAUCCGGCCCUUCUACACGAUGGUGGACGCGACGGACGGACGGUAUUCCAAUUCGUACGAUAUCAUGAUGCGCGGGGAGGAGAUCGUGUCGGGCGCGCAGCGUAUUCAUGAUGUCGAGCUGCUGCAGGUGAGGGCUACGGCGAUGCUGGGGGAGGACGGAAUAGCGUCGAUCAAGGACUACGUCGAGGCAUUCAAGUAUGGAGCGGCGCCGCAUGGGGGCGCCGGGAUCGGGCUGGAGCGUGUGGUCAUGCUGUUUCUCGGCAUAGAGAAUAUUCGAGAAUGCUCGCUGUUCCCACGUGACCCGCAGAGAUUGACGCCGUAGGGUUGACGAGGACAUAUCGUAUGUAGCAGGGUAGAGGGCCUUGGUUGAUGUCCUGUCAACAAGGGUAAACUUUUGCGCUCACAGCAGGCUAGGCUGUCUUGAUUGUGUCGGGUUUUGAGAUGCCCGCGCGAGGCGGGAGGCUAACGACCGGUUUGCAGAGUGGGUAAGGUCGACGGACGGGGGGCAAAGAAGGGGAGCGGACCGGACGUGCUGUUGAGAGUUGUUCAGUGCUGUACUACGUGUACUGUAUGUACGAAACAUUACAGUAAAAUGUACAGUAUGGAUUCUGUACUGAACUGUGAAU